AUGGCCGUCUCAACCAGCUUCUCCGGUGCAAAGUUGGAGGCUUUGUUGCUCAAAUGUGCUUCCUCUAAUGCCACCACCUCCACCACCACCCAUUUUUCACCUCUUGGCAAAAGCAGAAACACACUUGUUCAGACUCAUAGAGGGGCUAUUCGGUGUGAGGUUUCUGCUUCUGAUGUUUCAGUUUAUCCCCCUAAGAAACCUUCCACUAUCUCUGCUCUUGAACAGCUUAAGACCUCUGCAGCUGAUAGGUAUACAAAGGAAAAGAGCAGCAUUAUGGUUAUUGGACUGAGUGUGCAUACUACACCAGUGGAAAUGCGUGAAAAGCUAGCCAUACCAGAAGCAGAAUGGCCUAGAGCCAUAGCAGAGCUUUGUAGUCUGAAUCAUAUUGAAGAAGCAGCUGUUCUGAGCACCUGCAACCGAAUGGAGAUAUAUGUUGUUGCUCUGUCCAAGCACCGUGGUGUCAAAGAAGUCACCGAGUGGAUGUCCAAAACAAGUGGGAUCCCAGUUGCAGAUCUUUGCCAGCAUCAGUUUCUGCUUUACAACAAAGAUGCCACACAGCACAUUUUUGAAGUAUCUGCAGGUCUGGAUUCUCUUGUGUUGGGAGAAGGUCAAAUUCUUGCCCAGGUGAAGCAAGUUGUCAAGGUUGGACAAGGAGUGAAUGGCUUUGGGAGGAACAUUAGUGGGCUAUUCAAGCAUGCAAUCACUGUAGGGAAGAGGGUCAGAACUGAGACAAACAUUGCUGCUGGUGCAGUUUCUGUCAGUUCAGCAGCUGUUGAACUGGCCUUGAUGAAGCUACCUGAAGCCUCUCAUGAAAAUGCUAGGAUGUUGAUCAUUGGAGCAGGGAAAAUGGGAAAGCUUGUGAUCAAGCAUUUGGUGGCAAAAGGAUGCACAAAGAUGGUGGUUGUCAAUAGAAGUGAGGACAGAGUUGGAGCAAUCCGCGAAGAACUGAAGGAUGUUGAGAUAAUCUACAAACCACUCUCAGAAAUGCUCACAUGUAUUGGUGAGGCAGAUGUAGUUUUCACCAGCACAGCAUCAGAGAGCCCAUUGUUCUUGAAGGAUGAUGUUAAGGACCUUCCUCCUGCCACUCAAGAAGUUGGAGGUCGUCGCUUUUUCAUUGAUAUAUCAGUUCCUCGGAAUGUUGGCUCAUGUGUCUCGGAUCUUGAGUCUGUGAGAGUGUUCAAUGUUGAUGACCUUAAGGAGGUUGUGGCAGCUAAUAAAGAGGAUAGGCUAAGAAAAGCCAUGGAAGCUCAAGCAAUCAUUAGUGAAGAAUCUAAGCAAUUUGAGGCUUGGAGGGACUCAUUGGAAACUGUUCCUACCAUUAAAAAGUUGAGGGCCUAUGCUGAGAGAAUAAGGAUGGCUGAGCUUGAAAAGUGCCUAGGUAAGAUGGGUGAUGAUAUCAACAAGAAGACACAAAGAGCAGUGGAUGAUCUUAGCAGGGGUAUAGUGAAUAAGAUGCUUCAUGGACCAAUGCAACACUUGAGGUGUGAUGGCAGUGAUAGCAGGACUCUAAAUGAAACCCUUGAGAACAUGCAUGCUUUGAAUAGAAUGUUCAACCUUGAGACUGAAAUAUCAGUUUUGGAGCAGAAGAUUCGAGCCAAGGUGGAGCAAAAGCCAUAG